AUGAUGCGAUCUCUUACCCUAAUUGGAAAGCUUGACCAAGCCUAUAUCGAUGCAUCAGCUACUGUGAAUGACCUUACUACCGCAUGGGCAAAACUACCGACACUCGCAGCCGACCAACGUCCUGCACCGGUCCAGCUACGAAAAGAUAUAUCCGAGAAUCUGAAUCGCGCUGUUAGUUCGCGCGUAUUCUCCCACGCCGAGGCCGUCCGUAUUCACGAGAACGUGAUUAGACACUAUAACCGAGCUAAGACUAUACACGCGAAACUACUGGCAAUGCGCGACAACUAUCCUACCGCCGAGGAACAAAAGAGUCCCUCCCAGGUUAAGUCCCCACAAACAGUUCGCACCCCUAAGAUCACACUUCGGCUUGACAGCAACGGGCAAAAGAUCCAGAGGCCACCUCGAAUCACUGUUCCGGGAGAGGUGCUUGCGCCUUACGAAAUAGACUUCAACUCUUACAGCUCCUUGAGCGAUGAGAGCUCUGAAGAAGAGGAGGAGGAUAUACCCAUGUCACCUCCUAGGCGAGUUGCAACUCCGUCGACACGUAUUAAGGUGGUCAAGCUCCCAAAGUCUCCUAAGCCCCCCAAGCAGAAGCUUCCGAAGCCACCGCGACCACCUCGAACUCCAGCUAAUCGAUCUGAUAAUGCGGUUCCCAUGAUGUCUACAAGUACUGCAUUGGCGCAACUUCAGCCGCCCCCCGAGAACGCUGUUCCCGGCAGCGCCGACGCCCCAUGGCUCCAACUAACUCCGUAUGAACUUGCUAAGUUACGCAAGAGGAUGAAGAAAAAUGCUGUAUGGAAUCCCAGCGAUACCAUGAUAGCUCGAGAGCUGAAAAAUUUGGGUCGUGGCGUCGAAGCAUAUAGGGCUGCCCAAAAACAAGCUGAGGAGGAGGGAAAACCGUUUGAAGCUACCCUUCCUACUCCGGUGGUUGACGCCGAGUCCGGGGCAAAGCACCCCCCCGAAGGUGCUAUUAGUGCCGAGGCUUUGACAGCAGACGAGGUACAGUUAAGCAACCGCGGUAUGAAAUUAAAUGAGGCCAAGAAGCUGAAACGUGAAUCAAUGGCAAGGAUCGCUGCCGAGGAAGCAGAAGAAUCAGCUAGGAAAAUGGUAGAAGCUGCUCGCAUGUUCCUUAGCCACGAAGAUUCCCCGCCUGUAAACGGUAGUGCGCAGGAUAAAGCCCCUGAGACGAGCCAAAAUCAAGGCAAGGCCAAUAAGCCCAAGACUAGGAAGCGAAAGCGUAACUCGAUGUCGGAAACUCCCGUUGCAGAGAAACCCGAGGGAGCUCAGAGCUUACCGGUGAAUCAGCCGCCUAGCCAGACGCCCAGCCAGCCCGAGAGACCCCCACUAAAGCGGACCAAAACUGAGACGCCUGUUCCGUUGCCCCAGUUAACUCCUCGGCCGCCCUCUGUGCCGCCUCCGCUACCCGCGCCUACUGUAUCUACCGCGCCAACAGAGACUCCGGUCCCGGUCCCUGUCCCGCAGCUCGGCAAGAUUCCCCAGGUGGCUGCUACGUCAAAGACGCCGGUACCAGUACCUGUUCCAGUUUCUUCUGAUACAUCUAUUAUGACUACUCGGUCUGCUGCUUCCUCGGCAGCGACGAGUCCAGCUCCGCCAUCUAAUAUUGCUACGACGAUACCCGUCAAGCCACCGGCGGAGACUCCUAUUCCACCUCCUAUCAAGACCUCGACCACGCCUAUUCCCCCUCCGAUUCGGGAAAUGCCCAAACGGGAAACUAGACAGAAUAUUCAACCAGCUCCGGCUCCGGUUUCAGCUAACCAUAGGCAGUCGAGUUCUCAAAAUAAUACGCCUGCAACCACGCCUGCUCCCGAGUCCCAGCCUAUCCCCGUACGUCGGCCUACUUCACGCGGGAAAGCUGCGAGCCAGGAGCCUCCUCCAACCUUUGCGGCCGAACGGCCUCGCCGUACGAGCACCGCUAGAAACACCCCUGCUCCAGAAUUGCGUCAGCCUAGCAAACGUACUAAGCGACCUGCUCCAGGCGUCGUGACUACGAACUCGGGCGGCACUAGCGCUAUAGGAAAGCGCAAGGCAGCGCCACGUAAGAAGGCUCGCGGCGGUAAUCCUAAGAAGGAGAGGGGUGCAAGCCAGCAGGCCGAGCAGGAAGUAGAGGUAGAGGUGGACGACGAUGGCAAUGUCAUCGACCCCGACGAACCCAGAUACUGCCUCUGCAACAGAGUCAGCUUCGGCACUAUGAUACAGUGCGAUAACGUAGAUGUGAGCGCAACAAAGACUACUGCAACCCCAGCACGUGGUGACGAGAAAGCACGCAAAAAGAAACUAACCAACCCCCACCUACAGAAUUGCAAGCAAGAAUGGUUCCACCUUGAGUGCGUGGGACUGUCUGAGAUACCAGCACGCACGACGAAGUGGUACUGCCCUGAGUGUCGUAAACUGCUAAAUAUCGGAGGAAGGGGAGAAGUGACUUCGCGAGGUGUUAAGAUGUAA